CCGUCUUAGGCCUUCUAUAUAAAAAGCUCCAUGUGCCUUAUCCGAGGGCGACACAAGUCGUUUGACACACCGAGACGGCACGUGGGAUCAUUCCAGAGGCAUAAAGUGGAAAGUUACGCGGAUUAGUUAACAGUGGAGUGAAAGAAUUUCCCAAGAUUAUUUGUUGUCUGGCCUGGUCACCUCCAUCUUUCGAGCAAGCUUUCCCACAAAGACAGGCGCAUCUCGAGGAGUGACCAUGUCGCACGGCUUUCUUCGAGUGGCCGUCUUGUCUUUAUCGGCGGUCGUAGCGCUAGCCGUCCCUUCGUGCGAAGUCUUCGAAGCCCACUACUACCGACGUUACACGUGUCGCCAGUUUCGGACUGCCAGCGACUUCGCCGAGCACGUUCCGCGCGAGCCGUCCCCGAAGCCGACGUGGUUCUCUUUACACGAGUCGCGUCUUUCCGCGCUGCCCCCGUCAGCCUUCGCGGGACUCAACGUCACGGUCUGGAGCUGAGGUCGGUCGAAAUGGGACGUCUCGACCCGAGCGAGGCCGAAAACCCUUUCGCCGGUCUUGAAGACACCCUGCGCAAGCUCACCUUCAGCCUGGGAACCAUGCCGUCGUCCUGGUCGCUGCUGUCCGGUCUGCGACGUCUGGAAGAACUAGAGAUCGUGCACUACGCGCGCCUGCGACUGACGCGCGACUUCAACCACCUUCCCAAGAGUCUGAGGACGCUGUUCAUCGCUGACGCCACCUUCGAGUCCAUCGAGGGCGGAUGGAUCAGCGACCUCGUCAACCUGGAGCACCUCAUAUUCCGCGGCACGGACCUCGCAAGCUUCAACAGGAACUGGCUGCCUUCGCCGGCACCUCGCUUUAGAACUCUGGACUUGCCGACGAACAAGAUGACAUCUUUCCCCCGAAGGACUGGGCGACAAUCUGCCAGCCCUCAACUACGUCAGCGUGUUCAAGAACCUGAUCACGACGCUCAGGGAACAAGACUUCGCGCCCAUUAGAGACAAGGUGGCCGUCGUCGACCUGAUGUUCAACCCGGUCCACUGCGACUGCAACGUGUCCUUCAUCCUGGAUUAUCCGACUUCUUGGCACUACUUCGCGUGCGCCGGUCCACGCGACGUCAAGGGCACCUACGCCACCAACCUGCAGUACAAACAGCUCAAGUGCGAGGGCACCGCCUAAACAGCAGCUGCUGGACGGUAUAGAUGUGGCUAACUACACUGACGAAGCGCGCGGUCCAGUGCGCUCAGUGAGCGAACGUCCGAUUUCGAUUAAAGCUGCG